AUGCAGAAUCGCAUCCUGCAAGCAUUGCUAUUACUUGGCAUCGCCGCUGCACAAACCCCGGUGCAGCCUUGCGACGUGCAACAGUACUCUUUCGCUUAUUGUCUAUCCGCUCAAGAUCUUGGUCCUGGCAACAUUGGUGGCGGGGCAAACUCCUUGGAAGAGUGUGCAAACAGGUGUCGCUUCCUAGGUAUCUUUGUUGAUGGCAUGGAUCGAUAUUUCUGGAUUGGAUCGCCCGCUGGCUCCUUCAAUUGCGAAUGCUCUCCAACUAUUCGAGCAGGAGCUGAUCCGGUGGAUCCUGCACUCUGCAACAGGCCUUGCCCGGGCAAUCAUAAUCAGAUCUGCGGCGGCGUGGGUGUCGGUUCGCUUUACGUGCAAAAUUGCUUCAAUCCCAACCCAAACCAAGCCCAAGUUCGUGGUGUUGGAGUCAUAUACAACUAUGCUGGCUGCUUUGAGGGACAAUCCAUUCCAGGACUCCAAAGACCGGAAACUGCAUCAACACUGGAAGAAUGUGCUAGCUUUUGCGGAAAUUUCGGAGCCCCAGUAUUCGGGAUGGCCGUCGGGUCUACUGGUCCAGGUGUCUGCUCGUGCGGAGGUGUUCCCGGAGAUAGGUAUCAGGCUGCAGACGUACGAUGCACAGCUCCGUGCACCAGCAAUGACGAGCAGAGAUGUGGAGGUACAAACGGCCUCAACUUGUACGCGCUACCCGGCGUGGCCGUUUCGACGGCAAGUCGGGUGUGUACGAGUGUAACCACCACGAGCACUACAACGGUCACGGACACCGCCACUGCCACGGCUACUGUACCAGAACGUACAGUCACCAGCGUCUGCACACAAUCGACAAUCACGGCCACUGGCAAAGCAUCGACUACUACUAUCACUGUCGUCCCUACGAAGCGUUAUACUUCAACUUGCUACCGAACAACAACCAAGACCGUCUUAUCGAAAUGCCGUCCUCCAAAAUCCCGCUACGCUCGGGAAACAGGACCUUUGGUGGCUCGCCAGGAUCCUGAAACAUGCACAAUUUCAAACGGUCAGGUCACUGUCACAACCACCACUACUACUGUGACUCCAAUCACAGUAACUGCAACACCUCCUGAUGUUACAGUGUGCUCUACUUCAACUGUGACUGUGACGAAGACGCCGACAUCGACUGUGACGAAGACGAAUACAAAAAGUCCGGUGAAGAAGUAUUAUACUACGACUUCUAUGAAGACUGUUACGACGACGAAGUAUCCGAAAUAUGCGCCGACGUGUAAGAAGAAGAGGUAUUAA